AUGGCCCCUGCCCCGGUGCCCCCCACCCCGUUACCCUCGUCCGAUCCUCUUCCUCCCCCACAGUCUCCGAUCCGCCCGGCUUCACCAAAUCCACCCCUCCCCACGCAACAGCCACCGACCAUGUUCGCCGCCCCACCUCCCCGCCUGGCGUCCGUGUUGCUCACCGGCCUGGAAAGGAGACGUGUCCACAAGAGGCAAGGCCGUGCCCCCGCCCGCCCCCGCGCAACCGCCGCGGCGCUCGACGUGUGGACGUCCGAGCCAGCGCCCGUGCAGGAGCGGCGCCGGAAGCUGCUCCAGAUGCUGGGGCUCGCCGGGGACCCCGCCCUGGCGCGCCUCGAGAUGGGCCGAUCGGUCUCCUACGACGACGGGCCUGUGCCCGUCCGCCCGGCGCCGGCCUCGCCGCCCAUCUCCCGAUCCAGAUCAGACGGCGGCGCCGUGCCGGCCUCGGCGACCAAGCCGCCGCUGGGAGGGCGGUCGCCGGGCUCCUUCGAGGCCACGCCCGAAGGGGAGGAGGAGGAGGAGGCCGACCCGAGGUGUCUGAUCCGGAACCUCGACGACGGCAGCGAGUUCGUGGUCAAGGAGGGGUCCGAGCUCCGCGAGGUCGGCACGGGCCGGCAGCUCACCAUGGAGGAGUUCGUUGACCUCUGCGUCGGCCGCUCGCCUAUCGUCCAGGAGCUCAUGCGGCGCGAGAACGUUGCGAGCUCCGGCUCGUCCACCCCCGUCCAGCGCUCCAACUCCGACUCCAGCAACGGAGUGACGCGCCACCGGCGGCGGCGGCAUAGCAGCUGGCUUCGGGGCAUCCGGAACGUCACCGGCUCCGUGGUGGCCAGCUCCCGCGAUCGCCGCAGCAGCGACGACAAGGACACGUGCUCGGAGAAAGGCGGGCGCCGGUCCAGCUCGGCCACAGACGACAGCCAGGACAGCGCUGGAGCCGUGCGCCACGACCCGGUGCGCGUUAAGGUGAGGCAGUAUGGCAAGUCGUACAAGGAGUUCAGUGGCAUGUUCAUGAACCAGGAGAUUCAGACUCACGAUGGCUCCAUCUGGAGCAUCAGGUUUAGUCCAGAUGGCCGGUACCUCGCGAGUGCUGGGGAAGACUGCGUGAUCCAUGUCUGGGAAGUGUCAGAGUUCGAUAGGAAACGCGAGGAGAAUGGAGCGUGCAAUCCUUUUGUUGCGAUGGUGUGCAACGGUUCGCCGGAGCCAACAUUAGCCGUGGCCAGCAAUGUGGAUGGGAGCAAUCGUGAGAAGAAGCGUCGGGCAAGGUUCUUGGAGGGUCGUAGGUCUGUGAGCUCAGACCGGCUAAUGCUGCCAGAGCAUGUGUUUGCGCUGUCAGAAAAACCGAUUCGGACCUUCAUGGGGCACUCAGAAGAUGUGCCUCAUGACCAAUUUAGUUUGCUGAUGAACAUACUGGCAUCUAUCACGGAGUUUCUUUGUCAUCAAAGAAACUCCGUGCGUUUGUUGGUUGUUGAAGGUUGUCCAUGGAAGGAGAAUCAGACGCCCCGGAUCGCCGCCCCAGCCUCCAUGGAAGGGGAGUCCUCUCGAUCUGUGUCCGUGCUGUCCAUGGAAGAAACCUUGCUGUCAGCGCGUCUCCACUUGCUGCAGAGGAAGGGGAAGUCUGUGGUUGACAAGGGCCCCACCGCCGUGACUGUGGUGGCAGAGAAGGCGGUGGUCACGGCUAAUGAUACAGAUGUUGAAUUGAACAAUGCUCUCUUUGUAUAUGAACAAUGCUCUGUUGUUAGUUCUCGUGAAUGUCCUGUUAUCUCGAAAUACAGAGCUGUUGUCCACACCUAA